AUGCGCAUCUUGGAGAGCCUAGGAGACGCCAUGGAGCCACGAAGCAAUGGCAUUCACCGCCUGCUCGUGCACUGCCCCAUUGCCCCCGCUGCUAUCACCCCCCAACACAGGGAGGAAACACCGGCAGAAGGAGCAACCGAAAGAGAAGAAGCAACAGCAAGAGCAGGAACAGCAGCAGCAGCAGCAGCAGCAGCAGAUGCUGCUAGGCCGGCGACAGGAGCAGAAAAAACAGCAGAAGAACCACCCCUGGCUCUCAAGCACUCCUACCACUUCGUCUCGGAGACUGACGUGGCAGCCUUCCUGCUGCUCCACGUGGACGCCCUAGGUGACGUGGCACAGCGCACAGUGGAGCAGCUGGGCCUCGCGGACCCGCUCUUCCCGCCCCUCGCUAUAGUGUCGAGCAUUACAGUCACUGCCGCGCUCAGGCUCAUGCAGCGCGCGGGAGGUGUGAGAGCAGUGGCGGUGGUGGCAAGGAGUGCGGAAGAGGAGGAGCGGAUGGAGGAGGGCGAGGGGUAUGGUGCCUCCUCUGCUGCUGAUGCUGGUGCUGGUGAUGGGGCAGGAGGAAGGGGAGGAGGAGGGGGUGGGCCAGGGAGAGGGAGGGAGAGGGGUGAGGCGGGGUGGGCGAGAGGGGGCCGGCUGCUGGGCCUUUUGUCGGUAUCAGAUCUGAGAGGCAUGGACGCGGUGACGCUAGCACAGCUGACAUCCAUGAAGGUGAGGGUUGCUCCACUCACGUGCGCUUCCAACCCCCCUAACCCACAGGCGCGGGACUUCCGGGCGCACAUGACAUCUUUAUCCCCCGAGGGUCACCGGCCGUCCAUCACGUGCUGCAUGGCGGCGCCUCUGGCUAAGGAGAUGGCAGUGGCAGCCACUUGA